AGAUUAAACGGACGGCGCUAGAUCCAUACGCAAUUUGCAUCUUCACUUGAGUUGAAGGGGAGGCCUUUACCAUUUCCCUCCAAGGCCAAGACUGCAGCUCAUAAAUUCCCUUUUCCCGCCAACCAAACCUCCAUCUCCAUCCUCAUUCAUUCCGAUUCCGCACAUUGCCGGACUCUAACGGAGCCGGGCUGAACAAUGGAUGCAUCCACUAUGAGGAGAAAGGUACAGAGGAAAUCAAAAAUCAGAGGUUACAGCCUCAAACUAGACGCUCUCGACGAAAUUCUCUCCUUUGCCUCUCGCUUCCAUGGCGAAGAAGACGCUGCUAUCGAUUUUAUUCUCGACGAGCUCCACAGCGAAUCCUUGCAAUCUUCUAUAAUACACAAGGAUGCGGUGCAUCGGGCCGUCAGCGUUCUACUUGGAGCUGAUGAAGUGGGAAAACAAAGUCCCGAUACCAUUACUAGUACAUCCGCCCCUCGCAUCAUAGACGUUUUUGGUAUCACCAGAUUUCGUUAUGAUCCCAUCAAGAAGAUCUUCUACCAGCACACUGGAAGCCUUCCAAUUCAUGGGGAUGCUUCAGCUAAAGCUGCUUUGUAUCGAGAUAGGUUUCUCUUGCUUUCCCAGAGGCUCUCCCGUGAUCAACAUUUCUCCAAACCCGCUUUCAACACUGGGAUGUCUCAUUUUGGAAGUUGUGAGAUUUCUUCUAUUCAGUCUUUGGUGGGGCAAACGGGGAGGAGAUGGGUCAUGGGAGUGAUAUCUCAGAUGGAGGAUGGCCACUUUUACUUGGAGGACCUUACUGCGUCUGUGGAAAUUAAUUUAUCUAAUGCUAAGAUAACUACAGGUCUAUUUACUGAGAACACAAUUGUUGUAGCAGAAGGAGAGAUGCUCGUGGAGGGAAUUUUUCAGGUUAUUACUUGUGGAUUUCCUCCGUUAGAGGACAGGGAUAAGUCUCUUAAAAUGCUAGCAGGCCAGGACUUCUUUGGAGCUGGUGCUCUAACUAAAGAGGAGACCCUCAGGCUUGCAGAUCUGGAAAAGAGAGCCAUUAAUGAUAUGUUUGUCAUUCUCUCUGACAUUUGGUUAGAUAGUGAAGAGGCCAUGAGAAAACUAGAGACCAUUCUUGAUGGGUUUGAGAAUGUGGAAGUGGUUCCUUCCUUAUUUGUUUUGAUGGGGAAUUUUUGUUCCCGUCCAUGUAAUCUUGCCUUUAAUUCUUUCUCAAGUCUCAGAACGUGCAGAUUACAGUUUGGUAAGCUGGGAAAAAUGAUAGCAGCUCAUCCACGAUUAAUAGAGAAUAGCAAGUUUCUUUUUAUUCCUGGUCCAGAUGAUGCAGGACCAUCAACAGUUCUACCCAGGUGUGCUUUGCCAAAGUACUUAACUGAAGAGCUUCGGAUGCACGUCCCAAAUGCCAUCUUCUCAAGUAAUCCUUGCAGGAUCAAGUUCUACACCCAGGAAAUUGUAUUUUUCCGACAGGACCUACUUUAUAGAAUGCGUCGUUCCUGUCUCAUACCACCUUCUACAGAAGAAACAAGUGAUCCUUUUGAACACCUUAUUGCUACCAUAACUCAUCAAAGUCAUCUAUGUCCUCUUCCUUUGGUCAUUCAACCAAUUAUUUGGAAUUAUGACCACUGUCUUCAUCUAUAUCCAACUCCUCAUGUGAUAGUUCUAGGGGAUAGAAGUAAGCAACAAGCAUUUAAGUACACGGGAAUCACUUGCUUCAAUCCUGGGUCCUUCUCAAAUGACGGCACUUUUGUGGCAUAUCGUCCUUGCAAUCAAGAAGUUGAGUUGUCUGCCUUGUAAAUGAUUACAUUGAAAGAGAGAUCUAUUAGUAUCAUUCUUUAUCUGGGGAGUUGCAUUAUGCAAAUUGCGCUCACCAGAACUAUUACCGGUGAGAAUUUCAUUUUAUGUUGAGAAGGGUUUUAUGAUCUCUGUUGAUGGCAGAAUUUAAUCAAAACUUUGCUGUAGAAUCAGUAAUCUUUAGAUGUAUUUUUGUAGAUAAGAGUAAAAUAUUCUUAUUUGUUUA